UAUCAAAAUGGGUCACCAGAUUUCACCUCCACUGCCAUUGACAGCAAACUUCCCCCUUCUUCAACGUUCUUCUUGUUUCCUUGACCAUCUCGUUUUCCUUUCAUCACCCAUCAAACACAGAUCAAUUUACUCAUCACCCAGAAGAUCGUCGUUAUCCUACCACAAACCCUCAUGCCAUCGAAUUGAGAAGAACGCGAGAUUACAGAGAGCCAGGGUUUCUUUCUUUCAGUCGACGAAAAGUGAUGGGUUUGAGAACAACCUUAAACAGGAGCUUCUUGAGACUAUAGCCCCACUCGAUCGUGGUGCCGAUGCUACUCUUGAACAACAGGAGCGCGUUGAUCAGAUUGCACGUAAACUUGAAGCAGUGAAUAAGGUGAAUGAGCCACUUAAAUCUGAAUUGCUAAAUGGAAAAUGGGAGCUUCUAUACACAACAUCUCAAUCAAUCUUGCAAACAAAGAGACCUAAAAUCUUAAGAGCAAAUGGAAAGAUUUACCAGGCAAUCAAUGUGGACACUCUCAGAGCACAAAAUAUGGAAACUUGGCCAUUCUUUAACCAGGCUACUGCUAAUUUAGUUCCUCUUAAUGCAAGAAGGGUUGCAGUCAAGUUUGAUGCAUUUAAAGUGUUGGGAUUGAUACCUAUAAGAGCUCGUGGAAGUGGUCGUGGUCAACUGGAAAUAACAUAUUUGGAUGAGGAGUUAAGAAUAUCAAGAGGCAAUGAAGGAAAUUUGUUCAUAUUGAGGAUGGUGGAUCGAAUGUAUAGAGUCCCUCUUUAAAAAAAAAAGUGUCAAAUUUACCAUAGUUUGAGCAUGUUUGUAGAAGGUCAAAUAUGUAAUUACACUUUGACCAUGGAAGGUCAAAUGUUUAGUCAAGUAAGAUGUUGAUUCUUUUGUAAAUUGUACACAAAAAUAUAUAAAAAUAGAGGCCUAUGGUGAAUCUUGUAACUGUUA